AGCCACUUCGGCUCAGUCUGUCGCGGAUCAGCAACAGCUGCGCCAUGAGUUCUGCGCAGCCGUACGCGCGCAUGUCUGCGCAGCCGUACGCGCGUCUGGAGUGCGGAGGCCCACGGCAACGUAUCCGUACUGUUCAUUGGCGAUCGUUGGCAAUCAUAUCCCUGAUUAUCGGUUGCUGCAUUAUUGGCGCUGCUUCUGAGCGGUGGAAUGCCAUCGAUUGUGCGCCCCCGAAUGCCGUCGGCUACAUCAGCGACCAGGCUUUGGUCGAUCCGAGAUAUGUGGAGUAACGUGAGUCAUGCAGUUGAGCAGAUCAAGAGCAGCUCAGUGGUGAAGCAGGCCUUGAAUGAAUCGGCGGGGGCAGCGCAGCAACUCGUGAAUAAGUCGUGCGAGGAAGCGGAGCAGCUCAAGAACAGCCCAGUGGUAAAACAGGCCUUGAACGAAUCGGCGGGGGCAGCGCAGCAGUUCGUGAAGAAGGCGGCUGGGGAAGCGGAGCAGCUCAAGAACAGCUCAAUUGUAAAGGAGGCCUCGAAUGAUGCGGCAUGGGCAGCGGAACAGCUGAAGAAGAAAGUGGCCGAGGAAGCAGAGCAGCUCAAGUACAGCUCAGCGGUGGUGGAGGCCUUGAAUGACUCGGCAUGGGCAGCACAGCAGCUCGCGAACAAGUCGGCCGAGGGAGCGGAGCAGCUCAUGAACAGUUCGGCGGUGAAGCAGCUCGUCAACAGCUCCGCCUUCGUUGCUCCUCCUCAGUGUCUCAACGCGAUGGAGAUCGCGGCUGCCAUCGCGGCGGGCGUAGCUGUGGCCCCCGUGCUGCUCGAGGCCGUUGGCUUCUCGGGCGAAGGGGUGGCGGCCGAGUCGUUGGCGUCGGCCUGGCAGGGCAGCUUGGGCAACGUCGCCAAGGGCAGCGCGUUCGCCCUCUUGCAGUCAGCGGGCGCGACGGGCUACGUCUGGAAGAACUCGCUAACGUUGACGGGCGCCUCUGCGUUCUUGGCAUCCGCGUUCUGCGGCGCGCUGUUUGGCGAGGCCCGCGCCCGCGAUGAUCGAUCGAGGCCUGCCGGCGGCUAAUCUGCCAGCGCUCGUUCGCCGCCAAGACGCCGCGCGGGUGGGGCAACCUGAUGAUGGCCCGAAACAGUUCAUUCAUGCAACGCGUAUGAAACCCUGCGUGAGAUCCCUAUACAUACACUCAUGCACAUUCCAACUCAUUCACAGUUUGGUUCGCUCCCAGCCUGUGUCAAUUUUCAAGCCCGCUUAGAUUCGAAAGCUUUUGCGCCUAGGCACUAGAGGCAUUAAGGUCCAUGCAGUUCGAUGCACAUGUGGGGAGCUCCACGUAGUGAAUGACUUUAGUCGCGCGCUUGGCUUGUUUUUGAUCGUCACAAGCUGACAUCACGCCAGGUGUACAUUUGCCUAGGCGUGUCCUGGCUUAGCGCCUCGCGACGGUCCCAUCACCUUGCCGCUGGAGGAA